AUUUAUGAUACACUCUAUCGUUAGAUUAUUUAUAUAUAAUAUUACUAUCCACCACCAUUCUCAUUACAAAUCAGCCCAACGGAAUACAAUCCGAUAAUAAAAAACUCGUGGGAUUCAACCAAAUGGAGACCCCGGUGCCGGUGAUCGAUCUCCAGGACUUUCCGGCGCAGACAAGAAAGCUAAUAGAGGCGUGUGAGGAGUGGGGAUGCUUCAGGGUCAUAAACCACGGCGAGAUUCUCCCGGCGUCGCUCAUGUCGGAGAUGAAAAAAGUGGUGAAGUCGCUGUUCGAUCUUCCGGUGGAGAUCAAGAGGAGAAACGAGCAUGUUCUUCCCGGGAGUGGGUAUGUGUCCCCGACUCCGACCAAUCCACUCUACGAAGCUUUUGGGCUCUACGAUAUGUCGUCUCCUCAAGAUGUUGAAGCCUUCUGUACUGACCUGGAUGCCUCGCCUCACCAAAGAGAGACCAUAGUGAAGUAUGCUAAAGCUGUGAAUGAGUUGAUGAGGGAAAUUGGGCGAAAAUUAGGAGAGGGGAUGGGUUUGAAAAGUGGUGAUCUUUUUGAAGAAUGGCCUUGCCAGUUCAGAAUAAACAAGUAUCAUUUCGCCCCCGAGAAUGUAGGCUGUUCUGGGGUGCAGAUACACACAGACUCGGGAUUCCUUACUGUCCUGCAGGAAGAUGAGAGUGUAGGUGGACUGGAAAUCAUGAAUAAAUCGGGCGAUUUUGUGGCUGUUGAUCCCUGCCCGGGUACCCUCCUACUUAACCUUGGAGACAUGGCUGCUGUUUGGAGCAAUGGGAGAUUUUGCAAUGUGAGGCACAGGGUGAUGUGCAAAGAAGCAGCAAUUCGGGUAUCAAUCGCCUCGUUCCUUCUGGGACCGAGAGAGGCUGCCAUAGAAACACCAUUGCAGCUUCUCGGGUCUGAUCGCCUCCCCCUGUAUGCUCCCACCACUUACGAAGACCUUAGAAAGCUCCGGCAGGUGAACAACAUGCAUGCCGGGGAAGUUCUUGAUCUCUUGCGCGCUGAUGCUUAGAGACUAAGGGCGGGUUUUCGACUUGAACUGGCCAUGCCUGAUGUGAUCAAAGUGGCAGAAGUGUUGGGGCUCUUAAGCUUGUUUGAUAGAAUAUCUAUGUGCCCUUGUAAUAAUGAAGUUGACAAAUGAAAGUCUAAUAAACUGAUAGUAUGUUGAGAGGGUAGAUUGCCCUUAUAUGAGAUGAGACACAUUCUCUCUGAGGUGAAACUUCUAAUUAAGCUAGAAGAGAUCCAAGUCAUUUCAUCUAAACCUCUGUAAAUGAAAAUCUAAUGAAAUAUUAACAAAGAGAACCAAAAUUAUUAUUUAGUAA